UCUCGGUUCCUCUUUACUCGCUCAAGAUGGCGCUGCUCGCGACACAUUCUUGGCGCUGGGCAGCCGCGGCGGCCGCUUUCGAAAAACACAAACAUUUGGCUGUUCUGACCCGGCCUCUAGUCUCCAUCUGCGGCUCAGGCCCGCGAUGGGGGUCGCAGCAGAGCGGCGCGUCAGGAAGCACUCGAAUCUACCAGAAUACAGAACCAUUAAGAAAUGCUACAUGGCAGAGAUGGGGAAAAGACAAUUCAAGACAGUUAUUAGAUGCUUCAAAGGCUCUUCAGGCAUGGCCACUGAUAGAAAAGAGAACAUGUUGGCAUGGGCACGCAGGAGGAGGACUCCACACAGACCCAAAAGAAGGGUUAAAAGAUGUUGAUACUAGGAAAAUUAUUAAAGCAAUGCUUUCUUAUGUGUGGCCCAAAGACAGGCCAGAUCUACGAGCCAGAGUUGCCAUCUCCCUGGGAUUUUUAGGUGGUGCAAAGGCCAUGAAUAUUGUGGUUCCUUUCAUGUUUAAAUAUGCUGUAGACAGCCUCAACCAGAUGUCGGGAAACAUGCUGAACCUGAGUGAUGCACCAAAUACAGUUGCAACCAUGGCAACAGCAGUUCUGAUUGGCUAUGGUGUAUCAAGAGCUGGAGCUGCCUUUUUCAAUGAAGUUCGAAAUGCAGUAUUUGGAAAAGUAGCCCAAAAUUCAAUCCGAAGAAUAGCCAAAAAUGUAUUUCUCCAUCUUCACAACUUGGAUCUGGGUUUCCAUUUGAGCAGACAGACAGGAGCUUUAUCUAAGGCUAUUGACAGAGGAACAAGGGGUAUUAGUUUUGUCCUCAGUGCUUUAGUGUUUAAUCUUCUCCCUAUCGUGUUUGAGAUGACGCUUGUCAGUAGUGUUCUGUAUUACAAAUGUGGUGCCCAGUUUGCAUUGGUAACCCUAGGAACACUUGGUGCAUAUACAGCAUUCACAGUUGCGGUUACACGGUGGAGAACUAAAUUUAGAAUUGAAAUGAACAAAGCAGAUAAUGACGCAGGUAACGCUGCUAUUGACUCACUGCUGAAUUAUGAAACUGUGAAGUAUUUUAAUAAUGAAAAAUAUGAAGCACAGAGAUAUGACAGAUUUUUGAAGACAUACGAGACUGCUUCAUUGAAAAGUACCUCUACUCUGGCUAUGCUGAACUUUGGCCAAAGUGCUAUUUUCAGUGUUGGAUUAACAGCUAUAAUGGUGCUUGCCAGUCACGGAAUCAUGGCAGGUGCCCUUACCGUCGGAGAUCUAGUAAUGGUGAAUGGACUGCUUUUUCAACUUUCAUUACCCCUUAACUUCCUGGGAACUGUAUAUAGAGAGACAAGACAAGCACUCAUAGAUAUGAACACUUUGUUUACUCUGCUCAAGGUAGACACGCGGAUUAAAGACAAAGUAAUGGCGUCUCCCCUUCAAAUAACACCACAGACAGCCACAGUGGCCUUUGAUAAUGUGCAUUUUGGAUAUAUUGAAGGACAGAAAGUCCUUAGUGGAGUAUCUUUUGAAGUCCCUGCAGGAAAGAAAGUGGCCAUUGUAGGAGGUAGUGGGUCAGGAAAGAGCACAAUAGUGAGGCUGCUGUUUCGCUUCUAUGAACCUCAGGAGGGUAGCAUUUAUCUUGCUGGUCAAAAUAUACAAGAUGUGAGCCUGGAAAGUCUUCGGAGGGCAGUGGGAGUAGUACCUCAGGAUGCUGUCCUCUUCCAUAACACUAUCUACUACAACCUUUUAUAUGGAAACAUCAGUGCUUCACCAGAGGAAGUAUAUGCAGUAGCAAAAUUAGCUGGUCUUCAUGAUGCAAUUCUUCGAAUGCCACAUGGAUAUGACACACAAGUCGGGGAACGAGGACUCAAACUAUCAGGAGGAGAAAAACAGAGAGUAGCAAUUGCAAGAGCCAUUUUGAAGGACCCCCCAGUUAUUCUCUAUGAUGAAGCUACUUCAUCAUUAGACUCAAUAACUGAAGAGGCUAUUCUUAGUGCCAUGAGGGAUGUGGUGAAGCACAGAACUUCGAUUUUCAUUGCACACAGAUUGUCAACAGUGGUUGAUGCAGAUGAAAUCAUUGUCCUGAGCCAGGGGAAGGUAGCUGAACGUGGUACCCACUAUGGUCUGCUUGCUAACUCUAGCAGUAUCUACUCAGAGAUGUGGCAUACACAGAGCAGUCGUGUACAGAAUAAUGAUAACCUCGGAUGGGGAGCAAAGAAAGAAAGGCUCUCCAAAGAAGAGGAAAGGAAGAAGCUCCAAGAAGAAAUUGUUAACAGUGUGAAAGGCUGUGGCAAUUGUUCCUGCUAAGGAACACAAGACUAUUUUUGUCUUUCUUUUUGUUGUCUUGUUUGGUUUUAGAGUACACAUUUGCACUGAAGCAAAACUUGUUCAUAAAUUUUCAAAUUUUACAUUCUCAUUCCUUUAAUCUUAUUAAAUAACAUAUAUUUGAAGGAGGGUUUGAUUUUUAUGUCUUUCACCAUCUUUUGAAUGUGACAUCUAUAAUUAUCCCCCCAGUUAUUUUUCUUGUUCCUGCCCCAGUUGUGUUCAGUGCAUAAUUCUUGUUACCAUUUGAUUUGACCCUAUAGUCAUUUUUGAAGUCUGAUAUUCAUUUGCUAUUGAUAAACAGAUGAAGUAGAGUGAUUUCCAAAUUUAUGCAGUAUUUAAACCUCCUUUGUGCUGACAAGUUUUAGAGACAGUGGCUUUUUUCUCUUAAAAUUAAACAGGAAUAAAAAAGAGAAGAGUGUAGGUUUUCUCUUCCUUCCUCCCUCCAAUUAUAGUUCUUUGUCAGUCUGAAAAUUAGUUUGCAAAUACACUUAAUGUUGGAACUUACCAAAAUGAACUGUACUUAUACUUUGGGCAUUUUCCUUUUUGACACCUAUAGUAAGAGUUAUUAUUAUGUCCUUUUUUGAAGAAAAACUCACAUUGGUAUAGAAUAUUAUCUUUAAUCGCCACUGUAACUCUUCUCUAGUGAUUGGAAUUUUAUUUUGACCCCCCCACCCAAGUUUUUGUUUUGGACCAAAAUUUAUUAAUUUUUAUUUCAAGUCUCAGAAACCUUGAUGUCAUUUGAAAGUUAUUAUACUGGCAAUGAUCCCCAAAGUUUAAGGAGUUAAUGGUCUUUCCUAUUUCUAUCUUAAAUGCACUGCUUUUGCUAUCUGAAGUUAUACAGUGAAAUAAGUAAAUAGGAUGUUGUACAUCCACACAUGUGAAUGUCUGUGUACAUGCUAAUAUAUGUAUAUAAGUCAGUGUCCCCUUAAAAUUAUUAAAAAACAUUUGAUAAAUAGGAAAGAAUUCCAUCUAUAGGUAUAUUCUUUAGGUGACCAGAUCUCUUAAUCUGUAUUGACACUUCACAAUUGCAGUUUAUUGUAACAUUUUUUCUUACUUAUUCAUAAUUUAAUGAAUUUUUGUUAAGUCUAAUGUAAAAGAGAGACUAAGUGAUAUAGAAAAACAUUUUACCUGUUGGAAAUAAUUAUUAAAAUGAUAUCACUUAAAAAGAUGUUCUUUUAAUUCAGACAUAGUAAAGUACACCUGGAGUCUCAGCAUCAGGAGGUUGAGUCCAGGAAUUUGAGGCUAACCUGGGCAAUAUAGUGAGACCCUUUCUCUUAAAACUGAAAAAGGAAACAAAAAGUUCUUCUCUUGUUUCAGUAUGAAUUUAAUUUGUUUGAUAAUACCCAUUCAUUUUGAAACAUGUGUAUCUCAUGAAUGGCCACAUAAUCAUUUAUAAUGUGGCUUUAUUUCUCAGGAAAGGUCCUAAACUGCUUGUUACAUUAUGGUUUUAAUGUGUUUUAAAUGAUAAUUUAGUGUGGGAGAGAUUAAUAUUUUUUGAUUUGUGUUAUUGUAAUUGGUGAAUAAAUACCUUCUGUUAUAUAAUA